CUGACGCUCGGCUCUCCCCCUCCCCUACGGUCUGUGCCGGGCUGGGCGGGGACCGGGCAAGCCGCGGAAGAGCCCCAGGCCGAGAAGCAGUUGCUGGAGGACCCUGGUCUGCAUCUGCUGUUGUCAGGUAGGUGGACGUGAGAGGCCCGACCCUCCUGAGAAUCUAGAGGCCAUCCCGUCGCAGCCGGCACCAUGCUGUCCCCUCAGAGGGCUUUACUCUGCAACCUCAACCACAUCCACCUCCAGCACGUCUCCCUGGGCCUGCACUUGUCCCGCCGUCCCGAGCUCCGGGAGGGUCCCCUGAGCACACCUCCUCCUCCAGGGGAUACCGGGGGCAAGGAGAGCAGGGGCCCCUGCAGUGGGACGCAGGUGGACGCCAAUUCCAAUAGCCCAGCUGUGCCCUGCCGAUGCUGCCAGGAGCACGGGCCAGGUCUAGAAAACCGGCAGGACCCGUCACAGGAUGAUGAAGGGGCUGCCUCUCCCUCAGACCCCGGCUGCUCCUCCUCUCUCAGUUCCUGCUCAGAUCUUAGCCCCGAUGAGUCCCCCGUUUCAGUCUACGUGAGGGACCUCCCUGGAGACAAGGACGCCCAGCCCCAGCCCAGCAUCGCCCCUCUGGAGCAGGGCUCCCCGCUGGCUUCCGCGGGCCCUGGAGCCUGUUCCCCGGACAGUUUCUGCUGUUCUCCCGAUUCCUGCUCCGAAGCUUCCUCCCCGCCUAGCCUUGGCCUGGACUCCAACUGCAACGCCCUGACCACUUGCCAGGAACCCCCUUCCCCACGGCUGGAGGAAGAGGAAGGGAGUGAGGAGCAGGAUCUCCCUAUCUCUGAGCUCCCAGAGGCGGAUGAUGGGAAAACCGACCCUGGGAAAACGGAGCCCAGUUGGAAAAUCAACCCUAUUUGGAAAAUUGACACGGAGAAAUCGGAUGCUGGCUGGAAAGUCGCCGAGAACAGUAACGCUGGUUGGAAAAUCAGUGGGAAUAUUAACUCCCGCUGGAAAAUUGAACCUGGAAAAUUCGACUCUAGUUGGAAAACCAACACGGAAAUAACUGAUUCUGGCUCGAAAACAGAUGAAGGGAAAAUCGAUGGGGGAUGGAGAAGUGACGUCAGCGAGGAGCCGGUGCCCCACCGGACAAUCACGUCUUUCCACGAGCUGGCCCAGAAGCGCAAGCGGGGCCCGGGGCUGCCCCUAGUGCAGCAGGCCAAGAAGGACCGCAGCGACUGGCUCAUCGUCUUCUCGCCGGACACUGAACUGCCCCCAACCGGGUCGCUGGGCUGCUCCCCGGCGCCUCCUCGGGAAGUCACCACCUUCAAGGAACUACGGUCACGAAGCCGGGCCCCGCCCCCUCCAGUCCCGCCCCGAGACCCCCCAGCUGGCUGGGCCUUGGUCCCGCCCCGGCCUCCACCCCCACCUGUUCCUCCCCGGAGGAAGAAGAAUCGACCCGGGCUGCAGCCUAUAGCGGAGGGGCAGCCCGAGGAGGGUAGGGUGGGCAGCCCCGCGGCUGCCGAGGAGGCCCCAGCCGCAAAGGAGCCGGAGGAGCCCCGCGCGCAGGCGGGCUUCGAGGCCAGUCCCCUUCUGCUCCCCCGACCCCUGGUUUUCCGGUUCUCGGCCGAGGGGCGCCCCCUGUUGGAGGGUGGGGGCGCGGGCGCAGCUGGGUCUCUGCUCCUGGCGCCUCUGGCCAGCUGGUCCGGCGCCGGGCUGCGGCUGCAGGGGGCGUCGAGCCCCUCAGAAGAGCAGCUGCUGCCUGUCCGCCUGUCCCCCGUGGGAGCCUAUUCGCCUCCGGCUCGGGGGGCCCUGCCCUGCCUGGCCAGCCCCGAACUGGCACUGCUGCUGUCCCCGCUCUUUCCCAGAAGUAGCACCUUCCCCGCCGCGGCUCCCCCACCCCGCCAGGUACUCGCUUCCCCGCUGCCACCUCCACCUCGUCCGCCGAAGGCCCCUCGCUGGAUCCGGAGCCCACCGCCUCCGCCCAGGCUACUCCGUAGUUCCUGGUCGUUCGCCGGUGUCCCCGGGGCCCAGCAACUGUGGAUGGCAGAAGCCCAGAGUGGGACUGGCCAGCUUCAGGAGCAGAAAAAAGGUCUCCUGAUAGCCAUCAGUGCCUCUGUGGAUAAAAUCAUCUCACAUUUUGGGGCUGCCCGAAACUUGGUUCAGAAGGCCCAGUUGGGGGAUAGCCGACUGAGUCCGGAUGUAGGGCAUCUGGUGCUGACCACUCUCUGCCCGGCCCUCCACACCCUGGUGGCUGAUGGGCUAAAGCCUUUCCGGAAGGACCUCAUCACCGGGCAGCGCAGGAGCAGUCCCUGGAGUGUGGUGGAGGCAUCAGUGAAGCCAGGCUCCAGUACCCGCUCCCUUGGAACCCUGUAUAGCCAGGUCAGCCGUCUGGCUCCUCUGAACAGCAGCCGCAGUCGCUUCCAUGCCUUCAUCCUGGGCCUCCUCAACACUAAGCAGUUGGAGCUGUGGUUUUCCAGUAUCCAGGAAGAUGCAGGUUUGCUGUCCCUCCUGUACCUGCCCACUGGAUUCUUCUCCCUGGCCCGGAGUGGCUGCCCCUCCCUGUCCACGGAGCUGCUGCUCCUGUUGCAGCCAUUGUCGGUGCUCACUUUCCACCUGGACCUGCUCUUUGAGCACCACCACCACCUGCCCCUGGGCCCGCCUCAGGCCCCAGUCUCGCCAGGCCCACCUCCAGCCCUGCAGCAGACUGUACAGGCCAUGCUGCACUGGGGGGGUCGGCUGGCCCAGAGCUUGCGGGGGACUUCGGAGGAGGCCCCUUCAGGCCCACCAGCCCCCCCAAGUCCUCCCACAUCAGGUAGCUGGUGGGAGCAGCUGACCCAGGCCUCCCGGGUUUACGCCUCUGGGGGCACCGAAGGCUUCCCCCCUACCCGGUGGGGGGCCAGGCAUCAUGGGACUAGAGCUGAGGGUGCACAGGAGAGGCCCCCACCUUCAGAGGAAACGGCACCAGGCAGAGGCAUGUGGCUGGGGAGACUGUUUGGAGUGCCUGGUGGCACAGAAACUGAGAAUGGAGCCCUAAAGUCCAGGAGACCAUCCAGCUGGCUGCCCCCCACAGUGAGUGUGUUGGCUCUGGUGAAGUGGGGGACAUCUCCUGAGACUCCCUCUUCUCCUGAGGAGCUUGAGGCCUCAGCCUCCAGCAUGGUGGAGACCCAUAGGGCUGUCCGAGCUCUCUGUGACCACACUGCUGCAGGACCGGACCAGCUGAGCUUCCAGCGUGGGGAGGUGUUGCGUGUCAUCGCCACGGUGGAUGAGGACUGGCUCCGCUGUGGGCGGGAUGGAGCAGAAGGGCUGGUGCCUGUCGGGUAUACCUCCCUUGUUCUCUAGCCCUGGGACCCUUUCCUGCAUAUGUGUCCUCCUGUCACCUGGCAAUGGAAUGGCCCAUGAGCACGAAUCCAUAUAAGCUGUCAUACUUAGUAGAAGCCUUUUCCCUGUCUGCAAAAUACUUUCCUCCCACUUCUGCUAAUAUUUAAAAUAAACUUUCCUUCUUCUCUUCCAUGCCCAUCUGUAAGGUGAAAUCUGCCCUUCUUUCAAAUAUGUUAAAAGGAAUUCCCCUCCAUGCAGUCUCUUUCUUAUUUAUAUAAGGGAGCAUCUCUCUCCUUUCCUAUCUGCAAAAUAGAAAUCUGCCCCUACCCUACCUUCAUCUGUAAGUGGACUGUGCCAAUACAGUACAUGCCUUGGCUCCCAAGACUAGAAGGCCCUCUAGCCUCCUUCCUGUGUAUAGAAUCUUCUCUAUUCCACUCAUCCUGUGUUGCCUGUAUUUACUGGACACUCAUGCUGUACUAGGUGCUGAAGCCUGAACACCCCUGGUUGGUGGGCCUGUGGUAUUGGUCUGCCUCCUUCCUCAUCUGUCCCAAUAAAGUGUGGGGGUUGAA